CUCCGUGUAUCAGAGCGCGCGCGCUGUGCAGAAGAGACGAAUCUACAGCUGCAGUCUUUACAGCACCUCACUCUGAAGCGCGGAAACUCAAUUGGGACGUUUGUGGGUUUAUUUGGACGGAAAUAACGUUAGGACGCCGCCGUGCGAGAGCGAGGCGAGGGCACGCGCGCACAAACUUGACCGGGGCGGACGGUCCGGGGCAUUAUCGCACUGUCCGGGGUAAUAUUUUCACGCAAGAUGGACAGCAUCGCUGCGGGAAACGGAACAGGAUCUUUAACCACAGCGAGCACUUUGUCUUAACCCCGGGACGUUUGUGAGGACCCAUAUGGAGUUUAGGACGUUUCUCUGUUGGGUCGGUAAUCGUUGAUGAUGAUAUUUUUUGGGAAAGCUGUCAGUGUAAGUGACGGUCACUCCGGAGAGUUAAACGUCUGGUAUGCUGUUGUAUUUUAGCUUUAACUGAAACAUUCACUCGGAUUUGAGCCUUUAUUAUUAUUAUUAUUAUUAUUAUUAUUAUUAUUAUUAUUAUUAUUAUUAUUAUUGCUCUGUAUGAGUGGUGUGACCUGUGAUCAUCCCUCUUUAAUGAUACCACGGCUCAGUCUAUUUAUUUUUCAGUCUAUUUAUUUUUUUGUGUCUAAAGAAUGUAUCUGCUUGAUGGAAAUUGUGUGGAAAGGAUGGAUCGGGGAACACCGCAAAGGAAAACUGUUUACAGGAUCUCUCUUACCUUAGUAAAAAGGGAGAGCUUGCAAGAAGGUGGCAGUGCUGCUCCGGUGCACCGGCGACUGGAGAACCCCAAGGUGAGCGCGUACCGGCGGGAAGGCUCGGUAGAAAUCCAGCGCACUUGUCUCUUGGAACAGGUCAAAGAAGUGGAAGACGAAACCGAUGAGUUGUCUUCACAGGCAUACAGGAACUUCAGAACGUUUAGCACCGGGCAGCUGGAACUGAGUAGGUCAAAAAUUUCUCGAAGGGCACUUAAUUUGCGCAAAGAUAAUUCAAUGGGCUCAAAUGAAAUGUGCACCAGGACAUCACCAGAGGAUGCUUGCAGCACUGAACGGAUGGAAAAUGGUGCUAAGCUGCAUGAAAAUAAUGGGCACGCAAGGGCAAUGAAUGAGUGUAAUGAAAUGAAAGAGGUUGAGACUGAGGGAAGCUGCAGAGCAGCAGCUGGCAAUGGGGAAAAUGUGGGUGUGAAAAUCGGACGAAUCCUCCAGACGUCCAGGAGCGCUGAAGAGCAGGUCAGCAUAUGUGGUGCUGAGGAUCUGGUAUCUGAAGAGGGCGGCAGUCUUCCCAAGGACAACAGCCUUGCUUCUUUGUUUGCCAAAGGGAACGGAAGUGCCGCCAAGCAAGCACCCCAGACCCCGCCAGCCAAGAGGCACCCGAGCUUGCUGCGUCGGAGUUUCAGCUUUCGCCACUGGGCCGGAGGGGAGCUGCUGCGGCUCCGAGCCCUCUCCAAAGAGAAGCAUCACAGCAGCUCAGGCUGCAUUGGCCGUGAUGAGGCUCAGACUCGAUCCUCUGUAGUCUUGCAGAACCCAGCUGCCGAGGAGUCUGAGAAGGGCAGCACUGUAGAUGUGGAUGAGGUUUUCAUUCAGAUGGACUCUUUGAAAGAACCCAGUCGCAGGGACCGUGCCAAGGGUAAAAACCGCACACUAGACAACAGUGAUCUACUCAGGCUCUCUGAGAAACCGCUUGUGGAGAAAGAGAGCUUUCUCAGAGCUGCCGGACUUCGUUCCAGUGGCCAGGAGCGCAGACUUCUCCGCUUCUUCAGCGGGAUCUUCUUAAAGAAGGACAGUACCUCCACGCCAGUGAGCAGCCCCAGCAGUCGUUUCCUUCGCAAGAAUGGCCUGAUGAGCGCCCAGAGGAGGGCCAUCAAGGGCUACUCACAGUCUAGCACUGAGAGUGUGAACGGCUUCCUGCGUGAAGAUGCCUUUGUGAACAGCCAGGAAUGGACCCUGAGUCGCUCAGUACCAGACCUCAAAGUGGGGAUUGUGGGCAACUUGGCCAGUGGGAAGUCUGCUCUGGUGCACAGGUAUCUGACGGGGACGUAUGUUCAGGAAGAAAGCCCAGAAGCUGAUAUGGAUGCAGGUGGACGCUUUAAAAAGGAGAUAGUCGUGGACGGACAGAGCUAUCUCCUCCUCAUCAGAGACGAAGGAGGCCCUCCGGAGGCUCAGUUUGCAUUGUGGGUGGAUGCAGUGAUAUUCGUCUUUAGUCUAGAGGACGAGAUCAGCUUUCAGACAGUCUAUCAUUACUACAGCCGCCUGGCAAACUACCGCAACACUGCUGACGUGCCCCUGGUGCUAGUGGGAACUCAGGAUGCUAUAAGUGCAGCUAACCCUCGUGUUAUUGAUGACGUUCGAGCACGCAAACUCUCCAAUGACCUGAAGAGAUGCACAUACUAUGAAACCUGUGCCACCUACGGCCUUAACGUGGAGCGUGUCUUUCAGGACGUGGCUCAGAAAAUUGUUGCAAACCGGAAGAAGCAGCAGUUAUCGAUCGGGCCUUGCAAGUCCCUCCCCAACUCUCCCAGCCACUCGUCUGUGUGUGCGGCGCCCGUUACAGCAGUGCACAUAGCUCAGACCAGUAAUGGUGGAGGCAGUCUGAGCGAUUACUCCUCCUCGGUACCCUCCACUCCCAGCACAAGCCAGAAGGAGCUCCGCAUCGACGUGCCUCAGACGGCCAACACGCCGACGCCAGUUCGCAAGCAGUCAAAGCGUCGCUCCAACCUGUUCACGUCUCGCAAGGCGAGCGAACCAGACAAGGAGAAGAAAGGACUGGAGAGCCGAGCGGACAGUAUCGGAAGCGGCCGCGCAAUCCCAAUUAAGCAGGGAAUGCUCAUGAAGAGGAGCGGCAAGUCACUAAACAAAGAGUGGAAGAAGAAAUACGUCACCCUUUGUGACAACGGAGUUCUGACCUACCACCCCAGCUUGCAUGACUACAUGCAGAACGUACAUGGGAAAGAGAUCGACCUGCUGCGCACUACAGUCAAGGUCCCUGGAAAAAGACCCCCGAGGGCCAUCUCUACCUGCGCAGCCUCCGGCCCCAAAACAAACGGCCUGGCCAAGGACAUGAGCAACUUACAGCUAGCACAAGCUCCAGGCUCUGUGAGCAGUAGCUCAUCAGCAUCUCAGAUGGCGAGUGGCAUCAGUCUGGUAUCCUUUAACAGCAGGCCGGACGGAAUGCACCAGCGCUCGUACUCCGUGUCCAGCGCCGACCAGUGGAGUGACGCCACUGUCAUCGCCAACUCAGGGGUCAGCACAGAUACUGGUCUGGGAGACUCGGUUUGCUCCAGUCCCAGUAUAUCCAGCACAACCAGUCCUAAAAUGGACCCUCCUCCAUCACCACAUGCCAACCGCAAGAAACAUCGCCGGAAGAAGAGCACCAGCAAUUUCAAAGCUGAUGUCUUCUCCGGUACAGCGGAAGAGCAAGAGGAGAAUUUUGAGUUCAUCAUUGUGUCAUUGACGGGUCAAACAUGGCACUUUGAAGCCACUUCGUAUGAGGAACGUGAUGCCUGGGUGCAGGCCAUCGAGAGCCAGAUCCUGGCCAGUCUGCAGUCCUGUGAGAGUAGCAAGCAGAAGUCGCGUCUGACCAGCCAGUCUGAAGCAAUUGCACUGCAGUCAGUCAGGAAUAUGAGAGGAAACUCUCGCUGCGCCGACUGCGAGGCCCAAAACCCUGACUGGGCGAGCCUGAACCUCGGAGCUCUCAUCUGUAUCGAGUGUUCAGGUAUCCACCGGAAUCUCGGCACUCACCUGUCCCGCGUACGCUCUCUCGACCUGGACGAGUGGCCUCUCGAGCUCAUCAAGGUCAUGUCUGCCAUCGGCAAUGAUCUGGCCAAUACUGUGUGGGAGGCCAAUGCACAGGGUCGACUAAAGCUCGCACCUGACGCCAGCAGGGAGGAGCGUGAACGCUGGAUCCGGGCCAAGUACGAGCAGAAGCUGUUUGUGGCGUCUCUGCCAUGUGUGGAUCUGACUCUUGGACAACAGCUGUUGCGUGCUACCGCUGAAGAGGACCUGCGCUUAGUGGUGCUGCUGCUUGCACACGGCUCGCGAGAUGAAGUGAACGAGACGUGCGGUGAAGGAGAUGGCCGCACUGCGCUGCAUCUGGCCUGCCGCAAGGGCAAUGUGGUGAUCACACAGCUUCUCAUCUGGUACGGGGUCGACAUCAUGGCACGUGAUGCCCACGGCAACACAGCGCUGGCAUAUGGACGCCAAGCCAACAGUCAGGAGUGUGUGGACAUAUUACUGCAGUAUGGCUGCCCAGAUGAGCGCUACCCGCUCAUGGCCACGCCCAACCUCUCACGUAGAAACAACAACCGCAACAACAGCUGCAGCAGCAGCAGCACGGGCAGCACCGCCCUUAUCUGACACACACACUCUCUUAACACAAGCUUAAUGUGCAUACUCGGAAUGAAACUCAAAUACACAUUCAUUUGCAUACACUAUCCCUCACACUAACGCAAACACGGCUCUUCCUCCUCUUAGCUAGACACAGAUUUAGAAUUGUGAAAGAAGUACAUACUACACUCACGGGACCCACUGACCGCGAUGAUGAAGAUAAAACACUAACAGAACCACUGAGUUUGCACUCACACUGCCUCGCACCACCACUAGCUUGUAUUGAGGGAGUUAAUCUUUCUACCUGUCUAGCCAAUCACAUAGUCACUCCUACGUCAGGUGACCUGCGUUGAGAUAAUGACCCGUCUUCUAUCUGCAUGUCAGCAACGUGAUGGCCGAAUAAACUGUCUAAACCUGCUGCUGCCUCCGUCCACAAAUGCUGCAAGUUGCAUGAUUGGAGAUGAACACAAGAUCAGGAGCUUACAGAAUGGCAGGUGACACGUCCAGUUAGACUUCUCAAAGCAACUUGGCCCUUAUGUCCUCUUUCUGUGCGGCUUUUUUGCGUGACUGAAAUGGACUGGACAUGACGCUGGAUCAGUCCCAGAGAUCCUAGAGAACUUUAGCAGUGCGUUCCUGUUUGGUGCUUUUGAAUGCACAUGUACUGUGAUACUUUUGCCCUUUGCCACCCUUUCACUUAAAUGUUUAGCACAAUUAUGUGAAUUUCUGCCCUUUGUACAAUUUUUUUUCUGCUUUUUUAUGUAAUGUGAAAAGACAGUGUCUCAAAAGACGUCUCAAAGACCAUUUCGGAAAACAUCCAAAUACAAGAUGAGGCUUGUAAACAUUUUCUUUCUUUCUUUCUUUCUUUCUUUCUUUCUUUCUUUCUUUCUUUCUUUCUUUCUUUCUUUUUCAUUUGAAUUUUGAUAGCGGGUUGUACGAAAUUCCUUGGGCAUUUGUGGACCAUGUGAAAAUCUAACCUGUCCAUGUGAAUAGCUAACACUAGCUUAGUGCUCAUAACUUUUUAUUCUUCCAUUGUCUACUAUACAGAACUAAAGGGAAUUACCUACCUGAUUAAUAGUUUUUCACCUCGGCUGCUAGCCAGCUGCAUGCUUCUUUUUUCCCCAGCUUCAGAUGUUCAGGAAUUGGUUAGCUGAUGAGUCAUGUGAUGACGGGCAUGAAAGUGACGAGCUUCAGACUCUAUUCUCUGAAGUGCUUGUCACAAUCGACUGUGUGCGCGCGCGUGUGUGAGAGACAUGGCAAAGUCUUUCUUAUUCACGUUAGCCAUAUUGAUAUUGAUCAAUACAGACUUGUUUCCAAAUGAUACAGCAUGCAGAGUGGAGCAGGCUCUGACCUCACAGGCUCGUCAAUAUCAAAUGUGCAGCGUCUGCAUUUCUCUCAUGCUUUAUGGUGGAAACAUUAGUGAGGGACGAGCCUGCAGCCUCAUUUAGUCGUUUUUACUCAAUAUUAGGUGCUCAGGAGAAGCAGGAGAACUCUCCACUGUAUGCUACAUACUUAUUCAUUUCAGAGACUCUGUGUGUGUGUGUGUGUGUGUGUGUGUGUGUGUGUGUGUGUGUGUGUGUGUGUGUGUGUGUGAGUGAGUGAGAGAGCACAGGUUCAUUUGUCAGCAUUGCUUGAAAUGUCCAUACAUUAUCCACUCAUUACUUGCUGAGGCCUUGGAGUGCAGAGCCCUGUUCGGCUCAGUGAAGAGAUCUGUUCAUCUUUUCCUGCGCUGUACCCUUUUCAUCGUUUUCACUCUGUCAUUUUGUCUUUUAUAGAAUCUCUUUGGUGGAAAACUUAGUAAAAAUGAAGAGAAUAAGUAUUUUUCCCCCUGAAAAAGGCCUUUUAACAUUCUAGCCUGACUGACCUUUGGGCUUGAUGCCAGGUUGUGUCAAAUGAUCAUGCAAGUGUGUGUGUUUACUAGUGCUUUCUAUCUCUCUAAUCUUUGUCUCUUUCCUGAGUGUUGUUCUUGAUGUCUUGAACAUUGUCUCCGCACGUGUGUUUGUGCUGUACGGGCUCGAGCCUGGACUCACCUGUAUUUAAGCAAUACAAAGCCAGAUGAAAGCCAGGCAACUAUCUUAAGUAAUAAUUUUCCACACCAGUAUUGGCUGUUGUGUGGUUCUGAGAAAUGUAAGACUUUGUUUCAGGUCAUAUGUUAUUAUGGAAGUCGUAUAGAGAGACAUGACUCCACUAGCUUUAGGGUUUGUCAUCAAGCAGGAAACACAAGUCUUUAGUCUGCAACACUAAACAAGUAGGAAGGGUGUUUGACCUGCCAGGGCUAUUUAUGCAUGGAUUUAGGACCAUGUAGGGAUGAGGCCUCGUCUCAAUAACCUCUGUGUGAUCUAAAGGGCACUGUGGAGUGAGACGCUGGUCUGAGAGAGUGUACAGAGUUUAUUGAAAGAGCUAAGAUGUAAAGUGUUUGUAUAUAAUGUAGCAGAUCUGUAGAGGUCUCGGCACCAUACACAGUUAUUUAUGAUAUAAUGCUUUAAAGCACACACACACUGAUUCUAAUAACCAACCCACACUACCAAUCCUUUCUGUGAAAGCCUGAUUUUUUGUUUGUUUGUUUUUGACCCUUUUUGCAUGCAUGAAUGUAAAUUUCCUCCUAAAUGACUGACAGGUGACAUUUGAACCAGAACCCUUUUCUGAUAUUCAUCACUUAAUUCACCUUUUUUUUUUCCUCCGUUCUUUAUUUUUAACAUAUAACUAGCGGUCCAUUUCACUCAUCUUGUGUCCGUAUGUUAUUGAUCUAGUAAAAAAUGAAGGAGUCGCACCACCACUUACUCAACAUUAGUACAAGAACAACCAAAGCAGACUCCGUUCCGUCUGCGAGCGGACCGAGCAAUCACGGGUUUCUACAUCCGUUUUAAGCUGCUUAUGUGCGUUCAUGAUUUUAGACCAGUAUCUGCUUGUCAUGUAGCUGUCAUUUUUGUACAUAGCUGUAAAAAUUGCAAAACAUCACUUUUUUUUUGUUUGUUUGUUUUGUUUUUGUUACCUCAUUUUGUUGACAGUAUCUUUGAUGCAUCCAAACUCCAGAGACCUGAUUAUUUAUGAGCGAUUAUGCUAAUCUAAAAGGGGAGGGGCUCUCACACUAUUUUACUUUUUGUAUUGCUUUUUGUUUUACAGACCAUUUGCAUCACAGUUACGUCAUUACGAUCGAUUGUUCGUGUAAUUAUUAUUAUUAUUGUUAUUAUUUUAUUGAGUUUGUGUCAGCUGUACAGUUUUGUGUUGAAAAAUAUCCCUGAUGCAGAGUCUUAUACUGUAAUGUGUCUCCUUUCAAUAAAGAAAAUUACUUCGUAAUUUAA